AUGUCAGUUCCAAGUGAAUUCAAGACGCCUAACACAUUCCCCGGAACAAACUAUUGUUUGAACGGAUGCAUUUGCUCCUCGUUUGUUCUUGUCCUUGAUGCCCUUCCAAUCAAACGAGACAAGAACAUUUUAAGUUUGCAAUUUCUCUCUUCAGGAAUGUUAGUUCCAAGUCAACUCUUGAUGGAUAAACAUCUUCGAACGUCACCCAUAGAUUCAGAUCUUCGUCACAUAAAACCUCCAAUGGAUCCCGUGAUUGAAUCAACUCCUUCAAAGUAA